AUGGCUAACAGCAGUCACUCAGCAGUGUCUGAAUUCAUCCUCAUGGGACUCACAGACGAUCCAGAGCUUCAGGUCAUCCUCUUUGGUGUAUUCCUAGUUAUCUACUUAAUUAGUGUUGUGGGUAAUAUUGGACUGAUAGUAUUAAUUCAAGUCAGUCCUCAGCUUCACACACCCAUGUACUUCUUUCUCACUCACCUGGCUUUUAUUGAUUUUUGUUUUACGUCCUCUGUCACUCCAAACACCCUGCUAAAUUUUCUACGUGAUGUUAAAAGUAUAACCUUUUACGCAUGUGCCACUCAGUUGUGUUGCUUUAUCACAUUUGUAGUGUGUGAAUUAUACCUCUUGUCAAUCAUGGCAUAUGAUCGGUACAUGGCCAUCUGGAACCCUCUGCUCUAUGCCAGCCUCAUGCCCAGGAAGCUCUGUCACCAGAUGGUCGCCAGCACAUACAUCUAUGGAUUCUCCGUGGGCAUUGCACAGGCAGUCGCCACUUUCCACUUGUCUUUCUGUGGCUCCAGUGUGAUCAACCACUUCUACUGUGACGAUGUGCCCUUAGUGGCUCUGGCCUGUUCUGACACUCAUGUCAAAGAGCUGAUGUUAUUAGUCAUCGCUAGCUUCAACACCCUUUGCUCUCUGGCGAUCGUGGUAAUUUCCUAUGUCUUUGUCCUCUUUGCCAUCUUGAGGAUUAAUUCUGCUGAAGGAAGACGGAAAACCUUUUCUACCUGUGCAUCGCACCUGACCUGCAUCUCAAUAUUUUAUGGAACAGUUAGUUUUAUGUACCUGCAACCCAAAUCCAGUCAUUCUCUGAACACAGAUAAGUUUGCUUCUGUGUUUUAUGUGGUAGUGAUUCCCAUGUUAAACCCACUGAUCUAUAGCUUGAGAAAUCUCGAGGUAAAAAAUGCCCUGAAGAGAAUUACAGAAAAGUUGUCUUUGGCCAUUAAGUAAUCUAGGAAGCA